UACAUAGAAUAUUUCUAUUCAUUUCCUAGAAUCAUGCCGUUCAUUGACCUCCAGACAAAGCUCGGGAUUAAUCUGGACCAGUGGCUCUUGGCUCAGAGUGGGGAACAGCCACAGAAGCGGGCCGCUCGCUGUCAUGCCUUCGAGAAGGAGUGGAUAGAGUGCUCCCACGGCAUCGGCCAGAACCGGGCCAAAAAGGAGUGCAAGCUGGAGUUGGAAGACUUCUAUGAGUGCUUGCACCACCAAAAGACUCAUGAGCGCUUAUAUGAGAUCCGUAAGCAGAAGAAGAAGAUGAUUAAAGAGGGAACUUAUACUCCCCCUCUGCACCACACAGGCAGUGAAGAUGCCCGGCCGUGAAUUCAGCAACCCCAGACUGAAUAUACAAUCACUCGCAACACAGUCAAACUGUUGUACAGUUAAUUUCUUGCUCAUGUAUUAUAAUAUUGCUGUAUCAACAUUGUUUAAUGUCUAAGAAAUAAAUAUAAUGAUUCCA